UUGUAUGCUAGUGUUCCACCAUUGCCAAGCAACCAAGAGACCCUUUGCUCAUUUGACAGCUUCAUUCUUUCUCUGACUGGAUCACUCACUGCUUUUCAGGGAAGAAUUCACCAUUUGAACUCCUGUCUUGGCUUUUAUGGUCUCUGUUCAGUAUUUUUUCAGAGAAGGAUCUCUAGUUUUACUGUGGUUUGUUGGACAGGAUUUCAGAAAGUCCAAGAAAUAGAAGAGAGCGGGGUCUUUUUAAUUUACUAUCAUCUAAAACAAUAAAAGAAAAUGACCCUGGUUUCCCAGGGAGCUGAAAGGCAGGUAAAUGCCUUUAAAAACUCCAGUCGGUCAGCUGAGCCACUUCACAAGAUGGAUCACCAUCAGUAUCGAAGUCUGUUAAAAAUGUAUAUGCCUUUUGUGAGAGGACCUGAUUUCAAACAUGAUUUUGCCAGUUUCCAAGAGAAAGACAGUAAUUCUUUUCUUAAAUUCAAUCCUUACAGCCCUCCUAUGGGGCCAGAUUACCCUUUAUUCCCACACCGGGACAAUGUGCCUUUUGCUGAUCCCUGCUCAGGAUUCAUGAGCCCAGGAGCUGAUGCUGAUCUGCAGCCCUGCUGUGGCAGAACCAUUGAGUCCCUGGUGGAUUACAGUGAUGUGAAACCUCACCAGCGGGUCCCCAUCCCAGAAAAGACUGCACAGACUUCACAUACAAGGCAUGUGGUCUUGUUGGAGGAGGUGAGCCAGGACAGAUGGUGGAACUCCAGGGCAGUGUCAGAUGCUUCUAUCAGGGCAAGACUCGGAGGUUGGACAAGUCCAAUGAAAGUUACUCCUGCUUCAUCUAAACAAAGAGAUUCUUUUCAAAUUCAUAGCUUUGCAUUUCAUGUGGACCCAAAACUUAAGAAAUCAAGUGAUCCUCCUUCUGAAAGUUGGCGAGAAGAAAAAGCAAGGGACUAUUUCUACAUCUCAAGUACCCAAAAAGCUUAUGAAGAAGUUCCUUGGGAUAAGAUAUUACCAUCCAAAAUCCCACAGCUAGAAUCAACAGUAGAAGUGAUGGCUGAUCCCAUCUCCCAGUGUUUUACACUAAAAAGAUACAACCCUGCACGAGAAAUAAGCCAAAUUGUUGGGGGCCUCUGGGAUAGAUUUCAAACAAGAUCUUUUACUUCACCACAAAAACCAAUUGAUUUUGUAAGCCCAAGCUCUCGAACUCAACAUAUUCCUUUCUACACUGGCUGUGCUGGCGCAGAGAUUUUUGAGGACCUAGACAAUGCCAAUGUAGAUGUGAUUACUCUUGGCAGCGUUCGAACUUCAAAACCUCGCCACACAAGAACUGCUCACACUCCGAAUAUCCCUGGAUACACUGGCAAGGUUCAUUGGACAGCAACCCACCCGGCAAAUUCUAAUCUUCCAUCAACAUCCCCAUUGAUAAUUGCACAAAUGCAUGGAUACAUAGCAAAGUGUGGCCGCUCAUCUCGAUUUAAUCACCAGGGCCCUUUGUCUCAAAUACUUACUCCAGUUUAUCCUCAAAAUUCUUUUAACAAGGUGGAAAGAGAAACUAUUAAGUUUUAACAAUACCAAUCUUGCUGCCAGUGUGACUGUGAGUCCCAAUGGCCAAUGGUGGGAAGGAAGGAAAUGUGUGUAGUACGUACACCUUAAAAAUGGAACCAUAGUAAAAGAAUACAGAAGUGGGUGUCUGUGUGGACGUGCUAGUCUUUAUUACAUGUUCUUACUAUACUCAGUAUUUAUGAUUUGCUAUUGUUUAUGGUUAAAAUCAUUUGAGAAGUAGGAGGACUCUUCAUGGUUUGAACUAUAGUUACUGUAUUGAAUUUCAGUAUUAAGAUAGAAAGUGAUGUAUAGAAGGGCUACCCAUUAUACUGUAUUGCAUAUGCAGUGUAGUCUGUAUAUAUAACAUUUUUUCAAUUUAUAAAAAAAUAGUCAUCCUUUGUGCCUCUCAUCAGUAGCUCUCAGAGUGCUUUACAAAGAUGGGUGUCAUAGGGUGAGAUCUAGGCUACGCCUCUUGGAGAUGCAGCACAAAACAGCUUUGGGGAAAGGGAGAAGAAAAGGUGCCUUUUUUCUUCUUUACACCCUUGGAAUUCCAGAAUGAUCCAGGAGCCAAAAUGGCUGCCUUUAUAAUUUAGACAGCCUGCGGUGCUAUGCUAGGUUACAACAGCCUAUCCUGGACUUCCUGUGGGUGGCAGCAUUGCCAAGAAUGUGCAUUGUGCUAUGCGAUCACUCAUUCCAGUCCCUGGCCAUCCCCCCGGCACCCGGGUCUGUGAUAGGCCUGUGUAUUCAGCAUAUCUCCACUGAGGGAAUUCUCCCACAGCCAGCUAAGAGAAUUUCUAUGAUUCUUAUAUACUGCAGAGUGAUGUACACAGUCCAGUCCUGGUCAUGGGUUGGAGAGAAACCCACCCAGAGAAACUGAAAGAUAUAGAUGUUAUACCCAAGGUCACAGAGCAAGGCAGUGGCAAAGCUAAAAAAAGAACCCAGAUCUCCUGACUCCCUUUCCUCCAUCCUCACUCCUGGAUCAUGCUAGCUUCCUUUAUUGGGGCCACAAUGGCAUGUAGUCUGGUGGGUGUUCUCGCCUUCCUCACAGCCUCUCGUUAGCACAGUUGGCUUAGAAACAAUAGGAUUUGAGGUUCAUAUAAUGUUGUUAUGAUUACUGACUUGUCACAACUUGCCACCCGUGUCGAGUCUGGGUAAAGCAUAAAAGGGCCAGAUCCCAGAGGUAAAUGAGACUCAGGGUUGUGCAUUUGUUUCUUAUGCUCAUAAAGGAGGAGGAGUUUGAAGUCUUUGCAGACUGAGGUUCCCCCCACCCAGCCUUGUGGCCUCUGUCACUCCAUCUACCUUAAGCCCAGGGAGGGUCUACCCCAAGUUAUUGUUUGAUUUGUGGUAAAAGCCUUGUAACCCACUGUGAAACCAAUUAAAUGCCUGGUAUGUGA